GUUGCCGGAAGUGGGUUCGCUUUGUUGACACUGCGCUUUCUUACCCUUUGACACAAAACCAUUCGUUAAACGCUUGUGCUAUAAGCCCAUAACUUCAGACCGGAGCUUAUUGUAUCGUUAUGGUAAAUUAAAUCCUCGUUUACUCUUGUAUUGCCCACCGUAGGGUUUGCUGUGUAUUGCUAACGUAGCGACGCAUGUAUUGAUGAGAAUAAUCAGGAAAUGGAGGAAGUUAGGAAUAAACCCAUCUGAAGCAGACGAGCCAUUUACUGAAUCUAACUACUUGAAAUUGGGUUGAGCACCAUUAACACCAAGAUGGCAGCAGAGCUGGACGUGUUCGUUGGAAACACGACUAUCAUGGAUGAGGAGGUUUACCAGCUCUGGUUGGACGGAUACACAGUGAAUGAUGCAGUGAAAGUACGUAUGGAAGGAGGAGUGCUGGAGGAGUGUGAGGCAAAUGCAGAAGUGGUGCUGAGUGACACCAUGGACCAGUACAGGACCUUCCAGAUGUGUGAGCGUCUGUUGCACAUUCCAGCCAAACUAGCCAAUCAGCUUCUGUUCCAAAUAACACCUCAUCGACAAGCCAUCCUCAUAGAGAGAUAUUAUGCAUUUGAUGAUGCAUUUGUGCGUGAGGUUUUGGGGAAAAAACUUUCGAAAGGAACAAAAAAAGACUUGGAUGAUAUCAGUGCCAAGACAGGCGUGACACUGAAAAGCUGCAGACGACAGUUUGACAACUUUAAACGUGUUUUCAAAGUCGUGGAAGAGCUGAAGGGACCCCUGGUGGAGAACAUACGUCAGCAUUUUCUUCUGUCUGACAAACUGGCAAGGGAUUACGCUGCCAUUGUUUUCUUUGCCAACAACCGCUUUGAGACGGGGAAAAGAAAGCUGCAAUAUAUCACUUUCCAAGACUUUGCUUUCUGCGCUGGGCUGCUUAUCAACAACUGGACAGUUGGGGCUGUUGACCACAUGGUGGACGACAUGGAUGUGGAUCUUGAUAAAGAGUUUCUACAAGAGCUUAAAGAAUUAAAGAUUUUAAUCACAGACAAAGAUCUACUCGAUCAACACAAAAGUUUGGUCUGCACAGCUCUCAGAGGAAAGACCAAAGCUUUUAGUGAGAUGGAGGCUAAUUUCAAGAAUCUUUCCAGAGGCCUCAUCAAUAUUGCUGCAAAGUUGACCAACACCAAAGAUGUCAGAGAUUUUUUUAUUGAUCUCGUAGAGAAGUUUAUUGAGCCGUGCCGUUCAGACCGGUGGACAGCUGCAGACAUGAAACUAUAUCUCACUCACUACACCAACUCUGCACACAUUCUUGACACAUUCAAACAUCAGGUCGUGUGGGACAGAUAUAUGAGCGUUGUCAAAAGCUGUAUCUUCAAAAUGUAUCACGACUAAGGCGUUUCCUUGGUAGUCCACCCCUCUCCUCUCCCUGUUCCCUUUUUGGUUUGUCUCCCCCCUCACUGAAGCUGUUACUCUCUUCUCUCAGUUGGGGUUUCUCUGUUCACUUCAUCAGUGAUGAUCAUUUUGUUAAGCCUUGUUAUUGCUUAUUUGUAUCUCUGGCAUCCCUGAUGUAUCUGUAAAUUGAGUUUAUAAAUAAAGUAACAUGUAAACA